GCCGUGGCUGAGCGGGCCCGGUGCGGCGGGAGCUGCGGGCAAGGCUGCCAUGGAGGCGUUUGCGGGAGCGCCUGUGGCCAUCGCCGUGGCCGUGGUGGCGGCGUCGGCGCUGCUGCUGCUGCUGCUCCGAGGGACGGCGCGGAGGCCGAGCCGCCCCGUCACCCUGCAGGACCCGCUGGCCAAGUACCCGCUGCGGUUGCUGGACAAGGAGGAAAUCAGUCACGAUACCAAGAAAUUCAGAUUUGGGCUACCCUCAACGAAUCACAUAUUAGGAUUACCUGUAGGCCAGCAUGUUUACCUUUCUGCAAAAAUUGAUGGGAAUCUGGUGGUUCGAGCCUAUACCCCCAUUUCCAGUGAUGAGGCAAAAGGUUAUGUUGAUUUAAUUAUAAAGGUCUACCACAAAAAUGUGAACCCCAAGUUUCCAGAAGGUGGGAAGAUGUCCCAGUAUCUAAAUAACAUGAAGAUUGGAGACACCAUUGAUUUCAGAGGGCCAAAUGGACUCCUGGUCUAUAAGGGGACAGGUACCUUUCUUAUCAAGCCUAAUAAGAAGUCUGAAGCAGAGAAAAAGUUUGCAAAGCACCUUGGGAUGAUAGCUGGAGGAACAGGAAUAACUCCUAUGUUGCAGCUGAUCCGUCAGAUCACAAAUGAUCCUAAGGACUCCACAAAAUGUUACCUCCUUUUUGCUAAUCAGACAGAAAAUGAUAUAUUGCUGAGAGCUGAGCUAGAAGACCUUGCCAAGAGGCAUCCUGAGCAGUUUGUUUUGUGGUACACCCUGGACAGACCUCCAAAAGACUGGAAGUACAGCUCUGGCUUUGUCACUGCAGACAUGCUGAAAGCCCACCUGCCUCCCCCUGGCAGUGAGACCCUCAUUCUUAUGUGUGGGCCACCACCAAUGAUUCAGUUUGCCUGUCAGCCCAACCUGGACAAGCUUGGCUAUCCCAAGAGCAGUACAUUUGCUUACUAAUACUGAUGUCACCUGGUACCUUUUUUGGAAGUACUGCAUAUUUUUCUACAAGAACAGUUGAUGUACAACUGUGCAGCAAUUAGCAAUUUUGUGUGUGUGUUUUUUAACACCUUGAUGUUAUUUCUGUGGUUUAUAACUUCAUAAUUACAUUAUGUGUUUUAAUACUAAGAAGUUGAGAUGUCAUCUUGAAUUGUAUGGGAGUUACUUAGUCUUACCUCUGGAAUUAGUGUAAAAUAUUAAUUCUGAGGGAAAAAUAAAUAAAGAUGAAGUGUCAUCCACA